AGCAGCGGCGGCGGCGCCCCUCCUGCAACGGCAACGGCAGCAGCAUGCGCGGCGGCGGGCACCUGCAGCAGCACCUCUCCUCCCCCACCGCCGUGCUGGGCCACGCCACGCCGCCGCUGCGCGACCUGUACGCGCUCGGGCGCAAGCUCGGGCAGGGGCAGUUCGGCACCACGUACCUGUGCACGGAGCUGGCCACCGGCACGGCCCUGGCCUGCAAGUCCAUCGCCAAGCGCAAGCUGCUGACCCCCGAGGACGUGGACGACGUCCGGCGCGAGAUCCAGAUCAUGCACCACCUGGCGGGGCACGAGAGCGUGGUCACCAUCAAGGGCGCCUACGAGGACGCGCUGUACGUGCACAUCGUCAUGGAGCUGUGCGAGGGCGGCGAGCUCUUCGACCGCAUCGUCGACCGCGGCUACUUCUCGGAGCGCAAGGCCGCCGAGAUCGCCCGCGUCAUCGUCGGCGUCGUGGAGGCCUGCCACUCGCUCGGGGUCAUGCACCGGGACCUCAAGCCCGAGAACUUUCUGCUGCUUGGUAAGGAUAUCGAGGACGGCGGCGAGGAGGAGGCGGAGGCGGAGGCCUCCAGCAGCAGCCCGGGCAUCAAGCUCAAGGCCAUCGACUUCGGUCUCUCCGUCUUCUUCAAGCCCGGUCAGGUGUUCACGGACGUGGUGGGGUCCCCCUACUACGUGGCCCCCGAGGUGCUCUGCAAGCACUACGGGCCCGAGGCCGACGUGUGGACGGCGGGGGUCAUCAUCUACAUCCUCCUCAGCGGCGUGCCGCCCUUCUGGGCCGAGACGCAGCAGGGCAUCUUCGACGCCGUGCUCAAGGGCGCCAUCGACUUCGACUCGGAGCCCUGGCCCAGCAUCUCCGACAGCGCCAAGGACCUCAUCCGCGGCAUGCUGCGGUCGCCGCCGGCCGACCGCCUCACCGCGCACCAGGUGCUGUGCCACCCCUGGAUCUGCGAGAACGGCGUCGCGCCCGACCGGGCGCUCGACCCGGCCGUGCUCUCCAGGCUCAAGCACUUCUCCGCCAUGAACCGCCUCAAGAAGAUGGCGCUGCGCGUCAUCGCCCAGAGCCUCUCCGAGGAGGAGCUCGCGGGGCUCAAGGAGAUGUUCAAGGCCAUGGACACGGACGGCAGCGGCGCCAUCACCUUCGAGGAGCUCAAGGAGGGGCUGCGCCGGCACGGCUCCAACCUCAGGGAGAGCGAGAUCCGGGACCUCAUGGACGCCGCCGACGUCGACAGGAGCGGCACCAUCGACUACGACGAGUUCAUCGCCGCCACCGUGCACAUGAGCAAGCUCGAGCGCGAGGAGCACCUGCUCGCCGCAUUCGCCUACUUCGACAAGGACGGCAGCGGAUACAUCACCGUCGACGAGCUGGAGCAGGCCUGCAGGGACCACAACAUGACGGACGUGGGCAUCGACGACAUCAUCAGGGAGGUGGACCAGGACAACGAUGGCCGCAUCGACUACGGCGAGUUCGUGGCCAUGAUGAAGAAGGGCAUCAUCGGUCACGGGAGGCUCACCAUGAGGCACACCUCCGACGGCAGCGUCCUCCAGGGCGCCGGCGGCUAGCGAGCCACACCCAUACCUGCUGCUCGCUCGCUCGCUCAUUAUUAGUCAUCGAUCGAUAUACAUACAUACAUACACAUAAUAAGUUCGAGGAGCAGAGGCUAGGCAUUUCUUCUGUUUUCUUUAAUUUUUGAGCCCGAGAACUACCUGCCUGCAGGA